AUGGCUCUCUUCAAAAAGCUGGAAAUCACAAUUCCCUUUUCAGAAGGACUUCAACAAAUGCCCUCUUAUGCUAGAUUUAUGAAAGAUUUGUUGACAAAGAAGAGAAAGUAUAUUGAGGAAGAAACAAUUGAGGUGCAAGGGAAUUGUAGUGCCAUCAUGCAAAAACUUCUACCACCAAAAUUUAAAGAUCCUGGUAGUUUUACUAUUCCAUGCACAAUUGGAAAACUCCCCAUUGGAAAAGCAUUGAUAGACUUAGGUGCAAGCAUCAAUUUAAUGCCUUUGUCUAUGUUAAAGAAAAUUGGGGACAUGGAAGUAAAACCAACAAGGAUGAUACUCCAACUAGCAGACAGGUCUGUCAAGUAUCCAUAUGGAGUUAUUGAAGAUGUUUUAGUGAAAGUUGACAAAUUCACUUUUCUAGUGGAUUUUGUUAUUCUAGAUAUGGAGGAGGAUACUGAAGUCCCCCUUAUACUUGGAAGACCUUUUAUGAAAACUGCUAGGGUGAUAAUUGAUGUUGAUGAUGGUCAUCUGAAGGUGAGGUUACAUGAUGAAACAAUUACCUUUAAUGUAGUGGAAGCUAUGCAACACCCUAAAGAUAGAGGAAACUGUUUCAGAGUUGAAGUUUUGGAUGAUGUGGUUGAGAAAGUGAGAAGUCAGAUGUAUGUGAAAUCUCCCUUAGAGUGUGUCUUGAUAAAUUCAUGUGAGGAACUUACUUUAGAAGAAGAAUCUGAAGUAGAGGAGAUUUCACAACAUCUGGAAAAAUUGAAAGAAGAGAAAUCCACUAAUGUGAAAGUGGAAAAAUUAGAAAAGGCUAACUUAGAGGAAAAUUCCAAGAAGCCUGUGAUCAUUAACAAUUCUCUAUCAAAGAAUGAUGAAGCAAAAUUGGUGGAAAUUUUAAAAGAGAACAAAAAGGCAAUAAGUUGGCACAUCUCUGAUCUGAAAGGUAUAAGUCCAACGUACAAUCAAAUAGUAGUAAAUCCUGAAGACCAAGAAAAAACUGCUUUCACUUGUCCCUUUGAUGUGUUUGCAUACCGAAGGAUGCCAUUUGGUCUAUGUAAUGCUCCUGCCACAUUCCAACGUCGCAUGCUAGCCAUUGUUGCUGAUCUUGUUGAGAAUUGCAUAGAAGUUUUCAUGGACGAUUUCUCAGUCUUUGGACAUAAGAUCUCAUCCAGGGGGAUAGGUGUAGAUCAAGCUAAGGUUGAUGUGAUUGAAAAGCUACCAUCUCCUACAAAUGUGAAAGGGUUUGAGUUUGAUGAGGAGUGUUUGAAAGCUUUUGAGAUUUUGAAAGAGAAGCUAGUCACAGCCCCUAUUGUAGUCGCACCAAAUUGGACUCAAGAUUUUGAGUUAAUGUGCGAUGCUAGUGACUAUGCCAUUGGGGCUGUGUUGCGACAAAGACGUGGCAAAGUUUUUCAUGUUAUUCAUUAUGCCAGUAAAGUUCUGAAUGGUGCACAAUUGAAUUAUGCCACAACUGAAAAAUUUGAUUCAAAGCCACGUCUCAUAAGAUGGGUUUUAAUGUUACAUGAGUUUGAUAUGGAAAUUAAAGACAAAAAGGGGAGCAAGAAUGUCAUUACUGAUCAUUUGUCUCGCCUCCUUAACAUUGGGGUUACUGAUAAAGAAGGAGAAAUUAAGGGAGAAUUUAUUGAUAAGCGUCUGAUGCUCAUUCAAUAA